CUCUGUUUUCGUCGUCUGACAUAUUUACAAACCCUUAAGGCAAAUGUCUCGCGAUUUCCAAAAAACAAACGCGAAUUUGAAUUGUUUAAGGUGUAUUAUAAAGUGUAUAGCAAAAAAGGAUGUUUAUCAUGCCCAAUACGGAUACGGAUACGCUUUAAAGCGCUACAAAAAAUGGGAGCUUUCAGAGCCAAUAUGAAAACCAGAAGGAUCAGCUAAUAACUCUUAUAAGCCGUUUUUGCACAUAUAUCGAUAAGUGCCUGAAUAUAUCGCCACUCCCAUAAGAAUGUUCCAUGAAUAUUGCCUGCGGAUGGCAUUGCGCAUGUCCGAAACACGUCAAACUAUUCGCGACUGACAGUUCCGGUGAGCCUUUGGUGUAUAUACCUCAAGUGGGCAUGCAAAGGAAAACCUGACCCCAAGAUGAAAAUUUAAAUUAAAAAUAAAAUAUGUUGACUGCGUUGCGACGAAAAUUUCGCUUAGGAAUGCAGCGUACGGUUCUGAUUGCAGUGCUGCUGGCGGUUGGCCUUUUCAGCUAUGCGUUCCUAAAUCUAUCCUUCUGCUUCAAGCUUAUGUCGCACAGAAGUCUCACGCACAUGUGCCAAAAGUAUGAACACCAUGAGUUUAGUGGAUCCCUUUGCGAGGAACUGUGCAGCAGCCAGUCGAACUUUGACAACUUCCAGUGCCCGUUAAAUGAUAUGAAAACGAUAUUGUUUACGGCCGAAAAGAAUGGCGAUAUGCUCGCCGUGAAGCUGGCCAAGCACAACGAUGACGACUUGAGCUGGACGAACAGCAAGGGCGAGGCUAUUUAUCCUAAGAUCGAGGAGUUCCAUGAAAUUGUCAAGUUGCACAUCAUUCUGGCCUACAAUGUAACAUUGGACGAUAAUAUGAUACGCGCCUUGGUCAAUCAGGAGAUUGCGGAUAAUAACUCACAGCAAAUGGUUAGCUUUUGGAGAUUGUUCAAGGACAACAACUAUAUGAUGGGCAAGCUGUUCGAUGAGGAAUCAGUGUUUCCAGCGGUCCUAGGCUCAUGCGGUCCGUACUAUGCCACAGAGGGAUUAGAAAUUGUGCAGUCUAAUCCCAGCAUCAUUCAGUUUCUCGCCUCGAAUCGACAGCAGCGUCUAAAGCAUGCGCUCAACAUCAUGGAGUACAUAUUUCGCUUGGAGGAGAUGAAGCCGGAGCCGUUGCGCAUGUGUAAGAUGCAAGUGAAUCGCUUUGGACUCACGCCCGACAGACGUCUGAAGUAUCAAAGCGCGGAGCAUAUCUAUGUCGAGAGCUACCUGGACAAGCGCAUAUCCAACGGGGUGAAGUGCCACAACAACCAGGACUGCAACUUCCAUUCCUGUCGCGGACUGUGUGAUGCAGACCGUCAGGCCUGCACACAUGUGCAGCAGAACAAUAACUUUCAGAUAUUCUGUGAACAUGUCCUUUUAGGCAGUGGUACAUUUCAGCCGGGUCUCUUAAGUGGCAUACGUUUGCCACGGUCGCUGCAGAAGCUGGUGAAGAUGUGCGUACAGCCGCCUAAAGAGCAUCAGGUGCCAGAUCGUCGCCAGGCACCCACCCUGCAACUGGCUUUGAGGCUUUAUAAUGAGCUGAAGCAGCUGCUUCAGGCGGUGAUAACGGCUUCCGGUGCUGACUCCGAUGUGGACGUUGAAAGCCCACGGCUUCGGCAGCAAGGAGGCGUUUAGGUGUCCAUGAUGCACAUGUAGUUGAAUUGGGUACUCCUGCUGAUGACUUGCUCACAAAGUGGUAGAAUUUUUACAUAAAUUAGAUUUAAUAAGCAAAUAUAGAAUUAACAUAAA